AAACAUUAUGUCAAUUCAAAACGAUUCACCGAGCGCGUAACAUAAAGUACCGUUAAGGCUUAAGACAACAGUUCAACCGUUUAAAACUAAUCUAAUUUAAUAACAACAACAAAGUACAACGAAAUGCGUUGCUUAUUUGUGUUUGCCUGCACACUCGCCAUGGCUAUGGCCAUGCCGGAGCCACCGUCCGCCCGCUAUGGACCACCACCAGUGCCGCAAAAGCAGUACGGCCCACCACCACCAGCGCCAGCGGAGCAAUAUGGCCCACCAUCCACAGCGGCACCUCAACCACUACCAGUUUAUGGUCCACCCGCACCAUUUUACGGUCCACCAGCGCCUGAGACAAUUGUCACCAAGAACGUUUACGUUCAUGUGCCACCAGAGGAGCCAGAAGUCUUCCAAGCCGCCGAACCCAUCCAGACUGCCGUGCCAAAGAAACAUUAUAAGAUUAUCUUCAUUAAGGCACCAAAUCCACCAGCACCCGUACAACAGGUACUACCACCACCAGUGCAGGAUGAGCACAAGACUCUCGUCUAUGUGUUGGUGAAGAAACCAGAGGAACAACAACCACUCAUACUGCCAUCACCAGCGCCAACUGAGCCCAGCAAACCGGAGGUGUACUUCAUCAAGUACAAGCAACAACAAAAGCCAGCUGCACAAUAUGGCCCACCACCGGCACCAGCCGCCGAGUACGGGCCACCAGCGGCGGAAAAAUUUUAAGCUAGCACCUUAGUGCCUUAUUUAGUGUGGAUGACGUGGCGCUACCAGUCCUGCGCUCGCUAUUGUAUAUAAAUUUCAUCAAUCCUUCUACGAGUACUUAGUGCCUUGAAUUAGUACAAUUUUUAAUGCAUUCCGCUAGACGGAGUGCAUCUAUACUUACUUAUGUAUAAUCGAAGUAUGUAUACACAUACAUAUACAUAUUUGUAGAUUAUGUAUUAAGCUUCUUAUAACAGUCGAACUUUUUUAGAAUUCAUUAUUUGUUGAUUUUUGUUAUUUUUUUGUUUUGUUGUACUAAAUGUCCCAUUAAAUUAUGAUUCCAUUAAA